AUGACGGCACCAAACAAACUCAUUUUCAACUUCUCAAGCGAGCCAGCGCCCAACAAUUACAUCCGUAAACAGGCAGCGACACCGCGACACAAGAAAGCAGAAGUCUUGGAGAGCCCGGCCAUUGUGAUUGACGACGACCAUUCACCUCUUUUUGAGCCCCUGUCUGACAACGCCCCUGACCAGACUGAAAUGAAUCGUCAAAGAGUAGACCCGCCGAAACCCCCCGCUCGCCCUUCUACGAGCGGCCGGAGCUCACAGACCAGGCCCAGCACCUACCAGUCAGUCCCUCAAACGCCAUUCAGACCUGACGCCAUCGCCUAUCGUGACGGUGACGGCAUCAGACGUGAUGUAUGGCAGCCUGGCGAUGGCAACGGUGUAAGAGACAGCGAGUUUCCCGGCAAACCAUUGUUCAAGGAGAGAUAUCGCUUCUUCCAAAGUGAUAUCGGUCCCAUCGGACGCGGAACCAAUUCACCUCCGCAUUUUGUGGCACUCGACGACAAAGCUGUUUGGGACAUAGUCGUAUCCAAAAAGUACACCGCAAAAGAAAGGGGUACAUACUGGCCUCUCGACUUCAUGGCAAAUGGUACUCUCAGGUCCAGCAGACGCCACAAAGGCAGAGCAGCUGUGGUCGCCAAUGAAAACCAAGGGCUUGUCGAAGGAGGAAACAACCAGAGGGUGGGAGCCGUCCCCUGGGUCAAGGCGGGCAGCAAACCCAACGUAAUCAACUACUAUCUCUCAGGAGAGGAAGGUGGUUACAAAGAAGUUGUCUUCGAUUUCAAUACAGCCAGACCCAGUACCGCGAACCAGACGAUGACAUCCAGAAGCCGUAACAGCGGCAACAAAACAGAGUAUGCGACAGCGAGCGCCACUACAAAUCUUAACAACGGAAGCAAGACAGAGUACGCGACCAAGCGAAAGGCAGACCAGCCGCUAAACCCUCGACACGAUCGUCCUAAAGUCGGUAAGUAUUUGCAUUCAACACCAUCUCCAGACUGGCCUGGCGGAGUGAGACGUCUGAACAAGCCUCCAGUAGCAAGAACUGUUGGUAGAAACGAAGUCGACCCUCUCAGUGGCUCAGAAUGGUCUCCUACGACAAGAGUUGGUGGAAAGACUGUCUAUGCACGCUACGACUAUGACGAAGAAGAACCUGAACGCAUCAAUGGCCGUCUCGUGGCAUCUGGAGCUCGAACCCCACAUGCAGGUGGUGCGAAGACUCCGUACCAGAACCACUCUAUGGGUGCACGAACUCCGUACCAGGCGUCAUCGUUUGAAGCAAAGACUCCAGGUCCACAAGUUCCAUUGGGCGCAUCAGCUCCGCAUCACGGCGUGAGGGAACCACAACCAAGUCAACAACCCCUGUGGCAGGACGUCAAGAGAAUGGGGGAAGAGCUCGAACAGGCAAAGGGCAUUUUGCGUAUGCGGGGUGAGGAAAUCUCGACCCUCAAGGCACAAAUCAACGUUUUGGACACAGACAGACGUCGCACACAUCAGGCAGUCGGUACAAUGGCGAAUAAGGAUGAUGAGAUUCAGAGAUUGAAGGAGGAGAUCAGGGAUUUGAAGCAGUAUUUGCGCUGA